UUUAAGUUUAUUGUGAGGAAGGUGGCGCGCGCUCCCGAGACAAGCUGCCGUGGAGCAUCAUGGGGAAGCAGAAAUCCUCCAGUCACGGUUAGCAACAGCAACAGCAACAGCAGCGUCUCUCUCUCGGGUUGAAUGUAAUUAUAUUAGGGGUGUUUUAUCACUUAUUUGUCGUCGUUCGGACGCCGACAUGAGCGGAAGAGUCGGAGAUCUGAGUCCGAAACAAGCCGAGGCGCUACAGCAGUUUAAAGAGAGGAUUCAAGACAUUUUUCCUCAACUUCCUGCACAGCACGACCACUUCUUGUUACGGUGGCUCAGAGCCAGAAACUUCAAUGUGCAGAAGUCUGAGGCCAUGCUGAGGAAGCACUUGGAGUUCAGGAAACACAUGAAAGUCGACACAAUAAUCACAGAAUGGCGCCCCCCAGAGGUGAUCGAGAAAUAUCUGUCGGGAGGGAUGUGUGGCUACGACCGGGAUGGCAGUCCAAUCUGGUACGAUGUAAUUGGUCCUGUGGAUCCCAAAGGCCUGUUUCUGUCUGCCUCCAAGCAAGACUUCAUUAAGUCGAAGAUCAGAGACUGUGAAAUGCUGCAGAAAGAAUGCAACCUUCAGUCAGAAAGGCUGACCAAGAAUGUAGAGUCGAUCACCAUGGUUUAUGACGUUGAAGGUCUUGGCCUGAAACACUUAUGGAAGCCUGCCAUUGAAACCUAUGGAGAAAUUCUCCAGAUGUUUGAAGACAAUUACCCAGAGGGCCUGAAACGGCUGUUUGUCAUUAAAGCUCCGACACUUUUCCCUGUAGCCUACAACCUUGUAAAGCACUUUCUGAGUGAGAACACACGACAAAAGAUCUUUGUUCUGGGAGCCAACUGGCAGGAGAUAUUACUGAAGUAUAUCGAUGCUGAGCAGCUGCCUGUGAUAUAUGGGGGAAAGCUGACAGAUCCUGAUGGAGAUCCCCGCUGUCGGACCAGGAUAAAUCAUGUUGGUCCAGUUCCCACCUCUUACUACGUGCGUGACCAUGUGAAGGUGGACUAUGAGCAGUGUCUGACAGUCAGUCGAGGUUCUUCCCAGCAGUUGGACUAUGAGAUCCUGUUCCCUGGCUGUGUUCUCAGGUGGCAGUUUGCCAGCGAGGGUGCAGAUAUCGGCUUCGGGGUUUAUCUGAAGGCGAAAAAAGGCGAAUGGAUGAAAGCGGGUCAAAUGCAGGAAGUUGUGCACAGUCAGCGCUACAACGCUCACUUAGUGCCCGAAGACGGCUCACUCACUUGUGAACGGCCGGGAGUCUACGUGCUGCGAUUCGACAACACUUACAGCGUCUUUCAGGCCAAACGAAUCAGCUUCACUGUGGAGGUGCUGCUGCCUGAGAAGCUACAGUCCUUACAGACGAACUGUGGAUCCAACGUCCACGUACGAGCUGAGGCAGCCACCGGCUGUCAGCAAGACGACGGCACACGGCCGCUCAGUGGUUUACCUGCAGUUUGAGCUUUGAGAUGACUCUGUUAGCGUCACUGCUUUUGUGUUAUAAGAGGGGAGUUUGUGAGCAACCUCCCUCAUGUCCUCAGAAGCUGUAGCUCAGUCUACAUCUGAGGAUUAGGGUAAACCCAGGUCCUCUGAGGUCAAACAGACUGUGAACCAGAUGAUGCUCCUCAGAUUGGGUCCCCCUGAGUUCUGAUCUACAUACAAUCCCAACUUUCUGCUCACUGAUUUGUGAAGACCACCAAUCGAUGGGUUUGAAACCUUCACUUGUUUAAGUGUCCGUUGAUGAACUGGGAUGCUGUUGGGACCACUCCAGGUACUUAAGUCACCACUAACACAAUUAUGCUCUUGAAAACAGUCACACUGCACUUUAUGAAUUGCUAUUUUUAAGCAGCUUUGGUUGAAUCUGCUACUGAAGCUCAGUAUUUUUGGAAGAACAUUUAGUAUUUUUAAAUAAGAAGCUACACACUGAUGUAGCAGCCAGCUCAGAAUGUAACACAAUCUAAAAUUCACACAACUUCAGGCAGAGAUUGUGUCCUAUCAUGUUGAAGAACUGGCAGGAUUUCCUUUAAGUACUGGGUAGAAAUUUAUGUUGUCUACCACUAGGUGGCAGCACUGCAGAGUAAAUCCCAGUGUGCCUUGAGAGAAAGAGAGUGGCAACAUGAGUCGAAAAAAUUGGUCAUGUGCCAUCUUGGGUUCAAAAUAGUGUUUGCUGUUAAUGAGUCUGCAUGUAAGUGCAGCUAUAUUUUUAUUUAUUCACUGAAAAUGCCAGGUUGUUGUGCAUUUGGAGGCACAAAUAGACACAACAAGGGCUUCAAGAUGUACAGAUUCCCUUCAGAUCUGAACACAAGACAAAUUUGGGAGAAGCGAUUUCAUCAUCAAAGCUUUGACAGGUAAAUGUAUUGUUCAGUCCCAUGUGCAGUAAAACUCACCUAAACCGUCAUCGUAUAAACCAGAUAUUCACAGUCACCGCACAAAAAAGUCCCAAAGUUUU